AUGGUCCCGGGAAGUCUGGAGUCCCUGAGAAUUUUAAAUUCUGUUUUGCUGCAACAGAAUGGAAUUCGACACUGUUCCUAUGGAUCUUCCCGGAAACAUCUCUAUGUCGAUAAACAUACAAGAGUUAUUUGCCAGGGUUUCACUGGUAAGCAGGGCACCUUUCAUAGCCAAAAGGCAUUAGAAUAUGGCACCAAACUAGUUGGAGGAACAACCCCAGGGAAAGGAGGCAAGACCCAUCUGGACUUACCUGUCUUUAAUACUGUGAAAGAGGCCAAAGAGAAGACAGGAGCAACAGCAUCUGUCAUUUAUGUCCCUCCUCCUUUUGCUGCUGCUGCAAUUAAUGAAGCUCUUGAGGCAGAAAUGUCCUUGGUUGUGUGCAUUACUGAAGGUAUCCCACAGCAGGACAUGGUGCGGGUUAAGCAUGCACUGCUGCGCCAGGGAAAGACGAGGCUGAUUGGGCCAAACUGCCCUGGAGUCAUCAAUCCUGGAGAAUGCAAAAUUGGUAUCAUGCCUGGUCAUAUUCACAAGAAAGGAAGAGUUGGUAUUGUAUCCAGAUCUGGCACCCUGACUUAUGAAGCUGUUCACCAAACAACACAAGUUGGAUUAGGGCAGUCUUUGUGUAUUGGCAUUGGAGGUGAUCCUUUUAAUGGAACUAAUUUUAUUGACUGCCUGGAAGUAUUUCUGGGUGAUCCAACCACAGAAGGCAUCAUUUUGAUUGGUGAAAUUGGUGGUAAUGCGGAAGAAGAUGCUGCAGAAUAUUUGAAGCAACAUAACUCAGGUCCAAAUGCCAAGCCUGUGGUAUCCUUCAUUGCUGGUUUAACAGCUCCUCCCGGGAGGAGGAUGGGUCAUGCAGGGGCAAUUAUUGCUGGAGGGAAAGGUGGCGCGAAGGAGAAGAUCUCUGCCCUUCAGAGUGCAGGUGUUGUAAUCAGCAUGUCUCCUGCACAGCUGGGAAGCACCAUGUACAAGGAGUUUGAAAAGAGGAAGAUGCUAUGAAAGAAAAAUCACACCAAAAAUUUUCUUGAAACUGUGGAAUGAAUCAUUAUAGAAAUGAGAACCAGCAACAGUUUGCGCCUGUUGUCCACUGAUUGUCAAACUCUGUGUACCCGACAUCGGUCUUUCAUUACAAUGGGAAGCCAAUACAAAAUUAGAAUGUCUUAUUCUGAGAUGUUUGCACUUGACUGUAUAACAGAGACAGCCAAUAAAUCUACCUUUUAAUUUGAAUGUGGA